CAUAUCUUUAUGGCAGAACAGUUUUUGGUUUUGGUGGUGUGUGGAAGAGCUUCAUGUUAUCUCCUCAGCAGAGGCAAGACUUCAGAUGGGGUGUCUUAUCUCCCGUGAGUUAGCAUCAGAUGAAGCUUGCUGACAGCAUAAUGGCAGGGAAAACCUCCGACGGCUCCAUCAAAUGGCAGCUCUGCUACGACAUCUCGGCCAGAACUUGGUGGAUGGAUGAAUUUCAUCCCUUCAUCGAAGCACUUCUGCCUCACGUCCGAGCGUUUGCGUACACGUGGUUCAACCUGCAAGCCCGAAAAAGAAAAUACUUCAAAAAACAUGAAAAACGCAUGUCAAAAGAGGAAGAGAGAGCCGUGAAGGACGAACUGCUAAGUGAAAAACCCGAGGUAAAGCAAAAAUGGGCAUCCAGACUUCUGGCAAAGCUCCGGAAAGAUAUCAGGCCUGAAUUUCGGGAGGAUUUUGUUCUCACAGUCACAGGAAAAAAGCCUCCGUGUUGCGUUCUUUCCAAUCCAGACCAGAAGGGCAAGAUGAGAAGAAUUGACUGCCUUCGCCAGGCAGAUAAGGUCUGGAGGUUGGACCUUGUUAUGGUGAUUUUAUUUAAAGGUAUUCCGCUCGAAAGUACUGAUGGCGAGCGCCUUGUAAAGUCCCCACAGUGCUCUAACCCUGGGCUGUGCGUACAGCCCCACCAUAUAGGAGUUUCUGUUAAGGAACUCGAUUUAUAUUUGGCAUACUUUGUGCACGCAGCAGAUUCAAGUCAAUCUGAAAGUCCCAGCCAGCCAAGUGAAGCUGAUAUUAAGGACCAGCCAGAAAAUGGACAUUUGGGCUUCCAGGACAGUUUUGUCACAUCAGGUGUUUUCAGUGUGACUGAGCUAGUAAGAGUCUCACAAACACCAAUAGCUGCAGGAACAGGCCCUAAUUUCUCCCUCUCAGAUUUGGAAAGUUCUUCAUACUACAGCAUGAGCCCAGGAGCAAUGAGGAGGUCUUUACCUAGCACAUCCUCUACCAGCUCUACAAAACGUCUCAAGUCUGUGGAGGAUGAGAUGGACAGUCCUGGUGAGGAGCCGUUUUAUACAAGCCAAGGGCGCUCUCCAGGAAGUGGCAGCCAGUCAAGUGGAUGGCAUGAAGUGGAGCCAGGAAGAGGAAACUCACUGGUCAAACCCUUGGACACCAGAAUAGUUGCAUGCAGUUUCCCAGGGAGCCAGAUAGCUCUAAAGCUUCCCAGAUAUCUAAGAAACCCCGACCACCGCGGAGCACUACAUGGAAUGCCAUCGCCUACUACAUUAAAGAAGUCAGAGAAGUCUGGUUUCAGCAGUCCCUCGCCUUCGCAGACCUCCUCCCUUGGAACGGCUUUCACACAGCACCAUCGACCUGUCAUUACAGGACCCAGAGCAAGUCCACAUGCAACACCAUCGACUCUUCAUUUUCCAACAUCACCCAUUAUUCAACAGCCUGGGCCAUACUUCUCACACCCAGCAAUCCGCUAUCAUCCUCAGGAGACUCUGAAAGAGUUUGUCCAACUUGUCUGCCCCGACGCUGGUCAGCAGGCUGGACAGGUGGGGUUCCUAAAUCCCAAUGGUAGCAGCCAAGGCAAGGUGCACAAUCCAUUCCUUCCUACCCCAAUGUUGCCACCACCACCUCCGCCACCAAUGGCUAGGCCUGUGCCUCUGCCAGUGCCAGACACAAAACCUCCAACUACAUCAACAGAAGGAGGGGCCACCUCUCCCACUUCUCCAACCUACUCGACACCCAGCACCUCCCCCGCAAACCGAUUCGUCAGUGUUGGACCACGGGAUCCAAGCUUUGUAAAUAUCCCUCAACAGACUCAGUCCUGGUACCUGGGAUAAAAGUCUCCGCUUCCCACCACCCACCGGACAGACCACCAGACCCCUUCCCACCUCUGUAACACGGAAGCAGCAGCAACGCAGCGCAGCGACUUCACCUCGGCGGAAGGGGAGGCGAGCAGACACCGACAGCAAACUAGUACAUGGAAAUGGCAAACGUUAUGGUUGAAUGGCAAAGGCCGUAACUUUUUUGAGAUUUUAUUUCACUAUUUUUUUUUCCUAGACAACUUAGGACUGUUGUAAUUUCUCAUAUGGUGCUGGAAAUGGUUGGGCUUCAUAACUUUUGAAGUGUUUCAUUGGUAGUGUAAGCAUUAGGUGACACUGAGUAGAACUAGCCUCUGCUGCUGCUUACCAACUCGCUGUUGUAACACACUUUCCAUAUGGAGCCUAACUGUUUUACAGUAUCCUCAUCGAUUUGUCCCAUACAGGUGUGAGACUUCUUGAGAAAUCAUGAAAACACACUUAAAACUAUAACUUUUGUAGUAGCUGAAUUCUGCAAUAUAUAACUUACCAGACAGACAUAGAGCAUGUUUUUCUGUAACAUAUCGGGGAAAAAAAAAAACAAAAGAAAUAAUUUGCAGGUUUUCUUAUUUUUUUUUUUUUUUUUUCUUUUUUUUUUUUUUCCUGUUGGGGUUCAUUGUUUUUUUUUUGGAGGGUGGGGGCAGGGCUUUUGUUGGGUUUUUGUUUUGUUUUUGUUUUGGUUGGGUUUUGUUUUUUACAGUCGGCACUUAGAUACGUUAACAUGAACCAUCAGAGCAUUGUCAACAAUUCUUUUUUUUUUCCACUCGAUUGCAGAGCGAGAUAAAGAAAAAAAAAAAAAACCAAACCACCAUGGAACUACUACUACUAUUCACUUAAAAAAAAAAAAAAGACAAAAAACCACAAAAAAAAAAAAGAAAAAAAAAGAGGAAAAAAAAAAGUUUGAAAUGCUGCACUUACAUUUGAAAAAAAAAAAAAAGCGAACAUUUUUUUCAACAAUUUUCAACAAUGACACAAAAAAAAAUUCACGCAGAAAUGGGGAAGUUGGUCUGCUUUGACAGAAACUGACAGGAAUCAAUCAAAAACAAUCGAAUUUUGAAUUGAGUAAAGUGCAAUUUCAUUGGAUAGCUAAAUAUCUUUGUAAGAUAGAGAUUGUUGAAAAUUCUAUUUUUGUUUUCCAAGUCCUUCCGCCCCAGGACUCUAAAUUAUUGGGGUUAAAAGAAAAAUAAUAAAAAAAAAAAACCACACAAAAAAAAAACCUUUAAAAAAAAAACACAAAAAAAAAAAACAGCCUUGCAAGGAAAAAAAAAAAAAAAAGAAAAAAAAAAAGGGGAGCUAUUUUUUGCUUUUUAUGUUUGUUUUUUUUUUUUUUUUAAAUUGUUGAAACUUGUAUCCCUUGGAAACUGAAGGAAAAUUCAGAAAAACCUUAAACAUAAAAAAUACACACAAAUCUAAUGGUGCUUUUACCACAAUAUGUUAACUACAUUAAAUGCUAAUUAAUCAUUUUCUGUUAUCAAAGCACAUAACCUUAAAAAAAAAAAAAGAAAAAAACAACAAAAAAAAAAGACUUAAAAAUCAUAAUCUCUGUUAAUUUUAUAAGCUAAAAAGUCACUGUAAUGGAUUAUGCCAAUUCUGACAAAUUUGAGGUGUUUCCGGCAAUAUAAGGGUUUAUCAGUUCUCAAACACCUUGGGAAUAAGAGAGAACAGUCCAGAAAGUAAAACACCUUCACGUCCCUGAACUGGUACCUUUACUGGACUGGGAAGAAAUCGUUGACAGAAACGAAAUCAUGCUGAUCUUAACAAACUUAAUGCCAGUUCAAAGCAAGGGCACUUGCUGAAGAUGAGAAAAAAAAAUAAAGAAAGAAAGAAAGGAAACAAAAAAAAAAAAAGGAGGAAAAACAAAAACAAAAAAAAGAGAAAGGUUUGGACCCCAAACGUCCUGUAUCUUAUGUACAAAAAAGCAAAAAAAAAAAAAAAAAACAACAAAAAAAAAAAAAGGAAAAAGAAAAAGGAGGAUAAAAAAAAGAGUGCAAGUGAUUUUUUCUAUCAGACAGCGGAGCACCCCUUUGCUUCACACGCAACUUUAAGAAGGUUUCCUAUACUAUACAUAUAUAUACGUUCUGGUUGGCGAGUCCUGCUAAUCAGAGAAAGUCUCUGCAUGUUCUAGUGUUAGUAACUAAUUUUUAUAUAGUUAAUGUAGGGUAAAGUAGAGUGCAUUAAGACACAAUAUUGUAAUCCCUAUUCCAGGCACUUGCCUUUAAACUAUGUUUGUUCGACCCUUCAGAAGGGUUUCUACUACUGUCCUAUACAAUCAAGUUAACUGAAAAAAAUUCUUGGGAAGACACUUUUGCUCCUCAUCUUUUUUCCCUGAAGAAAAAAAAAACCCACACAAAAAAAAAAGUCAAAAACCAAAUGUUUGUUGUUGGCUUUUUUUUGGGGGGGUUUUUUUUUUGUUGUUUUGUUUUCUUAAUUUGCACGAAACAGAAGAGAAAAAAAAAAAAAGAAAAAAAAGAGAAAAAAAAAGAAAAAAAAAAUUCCAUAUCAAUGUGCCUUGCCCUGGAUAGCGAUUAUUUGUGGAAUUGUUGCACAUGUUCCUAUAUUGAAAGGGGGUUUUUCCCUAGUCAAGCAUUUGGAGACACUUUUUUUGUAAAUGUGACUUUUAUGUCAGCCAUCGUCAGUUUCAACAUCUAGAACUAAAUAGGGUUGUUAGUUGUUCCGCAGAUAGGGAGUAGUGUUUAUUGUCCUGUAUGGUCAGUGGCAGUGCUAUUCUGAGAUCUGUAGAUGCUAGAUUAUCAGUAUUUUUGGAUGUUGCUGCAUUUUACAUUUUAUUUGGAGUCUUCCUUUUUUUUCUUUUUUUUUUUCUCCUUUUUUUUUCUUUUUUUCCCUUUUUUUCACCCUCUUUUUUUCCCUUUUUCCCUUUUUUCCCCCUUUUUUCCUUUUUUUCCUUUUUCAUUUUUUCCUUUUCCUUUUUUCCCCUUUUUUUUCCUUUUUUCCUUUUUUCCUUUUCCCCCUUUUCCCCUCUUUCCCCUCCUUUUUCCCCCCUUUUUUCUUCCCCCCCCUUCAUUUUCGCCCCUUUAUUUUUCCGCUUUCCGAUUUCGUUCCCGUUUUUUCUCCCAGAUAUAUGAAAAUAUGCAAUACCUGCUUAUAUCAUGUAGAAAAGCUUAGCAAUUUGUUACUUCUUCUUUUUUUUUUUUUAAUUAUGUUUUGGGUUGUUUUUUUUUAUUUGACCAAAGUUGGUGCUGCACUUGACGCAGUGUGUUUUAGGUGUUUGUCUUUGUACUUUUGUGAUUUUUGAAUGCACAUGCAGGAAGGGCUCUUCUUAGAGAAGCAGUCAAACUGUGAAGCACUAAGCUGAACCCUGCUUCAAGCAAUUAUUAUUUUUUUUUUUCCUUUUGGUUGUUUUACAACUGUUCCUUUCACAAGCAAGCCUUAAAAAAAAAACGAAAAAAAAAACGAAAAAAAAAAAAAACCCCAACCAACAAACUUCCUUUUUCUUCAGAUCCCACACCCAUUUUUAUUAGCAGACUGCAAUCAAUCCACAUUCAAUAAAAGUAUAUAAUGCCCAUUUUUAUAUGCACGUUUUUAAACUUCCAAGUUCUGAAAAUUGUUUACUGGUUAUUCUCUAUUUAAGGAAAAAAAUAAAAUGUUUUGGAUUUUCAUAUGUGUCUGAUAAGUGGUUGAGUAGUCAUUUUGCUCUAUUGUAUUGUGUGAUUGUUAGUAUAUGGUAUCACAUCCUCUAGCCAGCAUCCUUUGCCUUCCCUAUAGCACUUAGCUGGGCAUUACUUUAUUAAGACAUAUGUGCACUAAAAAAAAAAAAUAGCAGCUUUCAGUGCUUCACAGUGAAGGGAAAAAAAGCCUAGACAAACAUUUUGUCAGAACCUUGCUAUGAGACAAGGUAUUACCAGUAAAUUGGUUGUAUAUACAAUAAAAUUGCACCCUUUUUUAAACAAAACAAACUAAGCAAUAGUUUGGGCAGUUAGUUGUUUUUAGUGAGCAUGUUGUAGUCAUGGCUGCAAAAGAGAGAGAAUCCAACUGCCCACUCAGAAGAUAAUGUAAUUUGUAUGUUGUAUAGUUUUAUUGAUUACACUGAUUUAUUCUACCCUAUUUUAUAACGCAGGACUUUUGUAAUGUUGUUUAAAUGAGGAAAAAACUUCUGUCAAAUUAGCUUAGUGGAACUUCUGAUUGUUCGUUAUAAAGGCAGCGUUCAUAGAAUUGCUUUCUUUUUUUUUUUUCCUUUUUUUCCCUUUUUUUUUGGGUUUUGUUUUGUUUUGAUUUUUGUUUUGUUUUGUUUUGGGUUUUUUUUCCUUUGGGAACUGGAUUUAAGUUCAAAACUUUCCCGUUUCCCCUUUUCCCCCCCCCCCCCUUUUUGGGUAUGUAUUUAAAUACAGUUAUUUUUCUUCUCUCAAUGGUAUAGCAUAUUCCUAUGCUUGAGAAGUAUAGGCUACUGAAGAACCAUUGUAAAUGGACAUUACAGGUAUGCUGUAUUUUUGAAGGUAUUUUUGUCACAUUAAGUUUGAUGACGCUAAAGUUAGGGAACUCUGAGCAGAAUUGCGAGGGAAAAAAAUGUUUUAAAGGCUUUAAAACAUGAGGCAGGCGGUCAAGGGUGUUAACCAACAGGGGUUGUAAAGUAUUACACACUAAAUUCAGUCGUCCUUCACCUUACCCUCACGCAGAAAACACAGCAGUUCCGUUCUGUGCAGGUGUAGGGAGCAAGCAGUGUUUUAUCCCUUCCUCCCAGGCAAGGCAGGAGCUGGGGAGACAAGCAAGGCGGGGAAGGACCCUACUUGGGGUGUGCAGGCUGCGGGCAAGAACGGGGGCAGCAGCUUGGGGCCGGCGGCCGCAGCCCCCUGACCGCGCAUCAGGUUGGGUCCGCGCCGCCCUGCGCCUCGCUCCGCCCGUUCCUUUUGAGUCAGGCGAACAACUUUUUGCGCUCCUGCUCUGCAGAAGGCGUCAGGCGCACAAACACUGACCUGCAUCACCACAACCCCCACCCAACCCAAAUCCAAAGCCCUAGAAAUGGCUUAGGCUGAAUUGACUUUUUCUCCAGUUAGUUCCUUUCUUUUCCCCCCAGGUUUGGUUUGGGGUUGUUUGAUGACUUUUUUCCCCCCCCUGGAGCGAGGGCAUUUGCUUCCCUCACGCCGCACACCCCGGCAAUGCCGUUAUUAUUUAUUCUUCCUCCUUGAUUAGAAAAGAACUUUGGGGCUUCGAGUUUAGGCAGCCAUGGUACACUUUGUCUCUGUUGCUUGUUCCCCCCCUCCCCUCUCCUCCCUUCCCCUUAAGGUCGAAGGGGAAAAAAAAAAAACAAAACCCAGACCCACCAAGUUUUCUCAACUGCACAGUGUUCAGUCAGCCCACAGGAAUAUGCAAAAUCUCUCUAACGUUUUUCUUUGCCUUUCUCUAGUUUUCCCUUUGUUCCGUCUAUUUGCAGCUUUGUAGUAACAGUGUUAUAAAAUAUUUACUGUACAAAACUACAACAACAACAACAACAACAACAAAAAACCCAGAUGCAUAGCCUAAAACAGGUUGUUUUUUUUUCCUUGUGGUGAAUAUAUCUGUUAGGGUUUUUUUUUAUAAGGAUGUCAGUUAAUGUACUUUAAAUUGUGUCUCUGGAAAUAUCUUUUUUUUUUUUUCCUUUCUUUCCUUUUUUUCUUUUUUUUUUUUCUUUUUUUUUUUUUCUUUGGUAGAAGGCCUCCAUCGAACAAAAAAACUAAAACCAUAACCGGCAUGACAAAUGUAAGGAGAGCUUCAAUGGCACCUAAACAAUGCAUAAACAACAACAACAACAACAACAAAAACCCCAACAAACCUCAUGAGGUCUGUCGGGAGGCAGGUCUUGUGAAGUUCACACUGCCUGCUAGGCAGGAUUUGUCAUUAAAUCAAGCUUACAAUGCCAAUUUUUGUCUUGAAGUCAAUGCAUGUGUUACUGUUUGACAGUAAACCCAGCGAUGCCAUCACCAAGUCCAAGGCUGCGCAAUAAGUCUAAUUAGUAUCGAGUACACUUUCCUUUUUAUUUUUUUCCAAUAAAAAAACAAGCAGUGGGAUGAAAAUUGCUUUGAUAUAUAGCAGGUAACAUUGAAGCUAUUCCAUAGCACUUAACUGUAGUGAAUACUGUGUCACCGAUUCUGAAAUCAAUUUAAUGUUUAAUGCAAAUCCAUUACAUGGUGCUAUUACAAGGCUGGCAAAAUGAUUUACACACAAAAAAAAUGUGACAACUCGGGCUCAAUUCACUCUGCUUUCCAACGAUGUAAAUGCAUAGCAGUGUUUUAUCUGCAUGGGAGAAAAAAAACAAAAAAAAAAAACACAAAAAAGAAAAAAAACCACAAAAAAAAAAGAAACAAAAAAAAAAAAUCUAUGCACUAAUCUAUCCGAAGAAAUAAAAAAGAAAAAAAAAAGAUAAAAAAAAGAAAAAAAAAAGGAAAAACACAAAAAAAAAAAAAAGAGAAAAGAAAAGAAUAUAUCAACUUUGGUAUCUACUUUUCCGUUUACUUCGAUCCUUGCCUUUUCGGUCAUUGUUAUAAUGCCAGCUUUAGGACAGAAAGAAUUAUAAGUAAAAAGAAAAGAAAAAGAAAAAAAAAACCAGCAUAAUACCUGAUAUAUUAAAAUGUAGUGCCUGUGAAAUCUGUAUUAUAUUGCUCUUCUGAAGUAAGAUUUUUUCUACACCGGUAGCCUUCGCUGUCUGUCAGAACCUUCUGAUAUAGGUGAUGUAAGAUAACCGUACCAAUAUUACUGCAUGCUAUUCCAUAAUGCUUAGUAGCUGUAUGAAUAUUACUCAAAAAAGUUACGUUAGUCUUCUUUUUUUUGUUUGUUUGUUUGGUUGUUUUUUUUCUCUUUUUUUUUUUUUUCCCCUCUCUCUCUCUCUUUUUUCCUGACUUGGUUCUUGUCAGAUAGGUUUAAAGAUAUUUCACUGAGAACGCAAAUUCUGUCUUCAUUUGGGGUGUUUUCAGUAUUUUGGAGGUAUACAUUUUACUUAAAUUCAGUAUUACUUGUCUUUUGGGCUUUUUUUUCUCUUUUUUUUUUUUCUCCUUUUUUUCCCCCUUUUUUUCCCCUUUUUUUCCUUUUUUCCCCUUCCCCUCCCUUUUUUUUCCCCUUUCCUUUUUUUUCCCCUUUCCUUUUCCCCUUUCAUUUUUCCCCUUUCUUUUUUUCUCUUUUUUUCCCCUUUUUUCCCCUUUCAUUUUUCCUCUUUCUUUUUUCCCCUUUCUUCCCCCCCCUUUUUUUCCCUUUCUUUUUUCCCCCUUUCUUUUUUUCCCCCCUUUUUUCCCCCUUUCUUUUUCCUUUUUUCCCCCUUUCUCUUUUUUUUUUUCUUUUUCUUCUUUUUAUUUCUUUUCUGUCUCUCCUUAGAGGGCAGGACAUGGUGGUUUUGAGACCAGAAAUCCGUGCCUGGUAAGAUUUUCGUCUCGAAAAAGCUACCCUAAAAAAUUUCAGAGAGUUUUACUCUGAAGAACAGAUGCAUAAAGUUCAAAUUUUAAGGGACAGUCCUUUCAAACCCACACACAAGAUUGAGCUUCACGUGGCGAGAGAUUGCUUAAUGGGCAGCGGUUAACCAGGUACCCAUGCUUGACCCUUCUUCACACCAGACUUCCUCAUAUAGAAAGAAAAAAAAAAACCUUUAAAAAAGAAAAAAAAAGGAAAAAAAGGAAAAAAAAAAGGAAGAAAAAAAAAAACCCUCAUGUGGUUGUUUAGUUUCAUGCACAGUUGCAAUAUUUUUUCUUCAGACAAAAACUCUGUACAAACUUUGGGCCCGAUUCAUAAAAGCCCCGCUGCUAUUAACACGGGAGGAGGCUGGUGGGCUUUUCUCGCCCAAAUUGAGGGUGGCUCUCGUUGCCAAUGCACGCCUUGGCGAGCCCUGCUUCCCUCGGCACACACGUGUGCCUGCGCUGGCUCUCCUCUCCCUCUCCUUCCCUUCUCUGCCUCUCCUGACCACCCUAGAGGAGAGGCAUGGAUGGCCGGAUGGCUGGAUGGGAAGGAUGCAGUGAGGCAGCGCAGGACCACGCACCCCACAGGCGCAAGCAGGCGGAAGAAAAAGGGGAGACAGGGCAGAGGGGGACCCUGUGCCACACUCUGGCCUGUGCCGGGGUGUGGUGACACGGUGGGACAAGGCUGCUUGAUUACAAAAGAGGUCUUGUCCAUAAAAAUCCCUUGGAUCGCUACCUCCGAGCUCUAGAGAAAUUCUCCGUAGCGGCAAACACUCGGACACAAGGUGAACUUUUGUACUCUGUAUGCCUUUUUUUUAGGGAAGACUAUUUUCCACUUAGUUAAUCUUCUAUGCUUGAGCAUGAACAAAAACAAUUGUCUGGGGUGAAGUCCCCCCCUUUUUAUCUGCAUCCACAAAUUAAUAUGGAGAGGGGAGGGGGGGGGGAUAAACAAAAGAUGAGUUUGGAGGCAGAGCAUGGUAGGAAGAGAGCCACCCGGCUUGGGAUUCGCCAACGCUUGUUCUUGCCGCCGGCGCCCUGUGCCCGGCUGCCACUGCUGCCUUGGGGGAAAGGUCUGUGAGAUUCUGUGCUUUGGAAACACAGACCGGGAGAAAUCUCCCUGGUUUUGGCUGGCCUUACGGUUUCUCCGUGCGGCCCAGCCCUGCCCUAGCCCCGUCCCCGCUGCCUGAGCCUGGCCCAGCCAAAUCCCUCGGCGUCAAUUGGAAAUUUUGGGGGGCGCUAAAAUUCCCACCGGCCGUGUGAAAGAUCUGCUGCAAAUUCACUCGACCCCCGUGUUAAUACCAUCUUGUGUCGGUUGGCUUUUUAUGAGUCAGGCCCCUCGUGCCUCUAGUAUACUUGUAUUGACUCUCAUAGUUACCAUUUUAGUUUUACUGUGUUCUGUGAAAAAGAGAAAAAAAUUGUAAUUGGUUGAGAAUCACUGUGGGCAUCCAUUCUUAUUCAACUAAGUCUCUGCAGGUUUUUUGAGCUGGUGUGGAUUAGUUUAACUCUUGUAUUCAACCAUUAGUGCUACCACCUUCUCACAUUACAAUACAAUUACUGGAAGCAAGUACUGCAUUUCCUAUGCAACAAAAAAGGAAAAUAAAAAAUUGCUAAUGCUAAA